AAGUUAAUUCCGAAGUUUGUCAAAAAUGUCUCUUUCAAUUGUACCUGCAUCAAGUUUAAAGAAAAAACAACAGAACUCCGCACAAAAUUAUACUUAUGAUAUCUAUAAAUACCAAUAUGUUCUCAGAGUUAAUCCACCUAAUCAAAAGAUAACGAAAAUGGUUUAAAACAAAUUAGAAGCAGCAACAUCACAAAAAAUUUAUGAAUUGAAAAAGAUAGUAUAUGUGUAUAAACUACCGUAGUUAUUGGCUUGCAUUUGUACACAGUUUUGUAUUUUUGAUUGAGACCUAAUUUUUUAAAAAAUCACAAGAAGCACAAUCAAUUUAACGAACUUAGUGCAUCAACCCACAGAAUAAGAAAAAGAUUGGCAAUUUAUUACCGACCUCAAGAUGUUGGCAUCAGACGUUGACACAAAGGGGUUACCAUAAAACAUAAAUUUGAAGUUGGUGAUUUUUAUGCAAACCCCAAAUACUUUGAGGUUGGCAAAAAAUCACCAUUUAGCAAUGCCAACCUAACUUCAUUUGGUUGACAUUGCCAAAUGCCGACCCUAAUACCGAGGGCUGGUGGUGUUGAAGUUUUAAAAUGCUGCUUUCAAGAAAUGAAUGGGGGAUUUUUACUUGUACUUGUUUGCUCUAAUGGAGCCUUACUUUUACAUUUGAAAAACUCUGAUGGAAAAGUUCUUACAAAGCAAAUAAAUUGGUUUCAGAACAAAUGUAAGAAAAUUGUUGGACUGUGUAUAGAGCCUCUGCGAUGUUCUUGGGUUUUUUGUGUUUGUGAAGAUUCUUCAUUGUACUUAAUUCCAUCAUUGGAGGAUCAAGCAAAAUUCUUAAAAAUUUCUUCUCCAUUUUCAUAUGUGAAAACCUUGAAAGGUGAACCUUCAUGUAUUGUUUGGUGGCGCACAUUAAGUGAUCAGAAUAUUGGUAUUGUAGGAACUCAGGUUGGGGAGCUUGUGUUUGUUGAUAUUUUAUUGCAUAAAGAAUUAUAUAGAAUCUGCAUUAAAGAGAGAAUUGUUGAUCUUAAAAUUAUGCAAGUUAUUAAAGAAAAGAAAUCAUAUUUAUUAAUUUACACUUUCAAGAAAUUAACUCACCGACUUUUGUUAGAGAAUCCUUCUUCAAAGUUUUUAUCCAGAUCAUCUUCUAGUUUAUCACAAGCAUGUGAUCUUGGUUAUGAUACUGUAGUAGAAUGCAAUAUAGAGUCAAUUAUAGAUGAUGAAAGAGAUAAUAAAGAGGAAUUUAAUAAACAAAGUCGCUUUGAACUACUUCCUCAAGACUUCUUUUAUUCUUUGCAUGAAAUUGGAAAUCAAGUGUUUAUCUCCAAGCAAGAUCCAAAAAAUAAUAUUUUAGAAAUUUAUAGAGAGUUUAAUCAAGUACCACAACAUAUUUGCUAUCUUCCGAAAAACACAGCAACAUUCUCAUUCACUAAUAAUCUUAUUUUAACACUGUCGAACACCAUUGAAAAUAAGGUUCGCAUUCAACUUUUUUCUCAUGAAAUUUGUAAUGGUAUUUUUGGAAAACAAAACAUCAAGAAAACAGACUUGCUUGUUGAAAGUAGUAUUCAGAGUUUUUUUCUUAAUGAUUCUGAAACUGUUUUAAACAGUUAUGUUUUCAAGUUCAAUCCUCCCUCAAUGUGGAAUACAGCUUUUCCUUGUUCUGCUGGUUACAAAAGUUGUAAAGAACUUUCAAGUUUUCUAAUUGUAACAAGUAAUGGAGUUAUAGAAUGUAAACCAAGAAUUUUUCUUGAAAGUUAUUUUGCAGAACUGUGUAUGAAACAUGAUGUAGAAUAUUCUGAAAGAUUUGGUCUCAUCUUUAAUCUUAAUAUAACUCUGCUUUAUGAAUUUAUUGCUGACCAAUGUCUGUUGAAUAAGGAUUUGCAAAAUGCAAACAAGUUUUAUAACUUGUCAAAGUGUUCUCCUAUUAGAAGAGCAGCUCAAUUGAUUCGUUUUGCUUCAAUUAAAGAUGGUCUCAUAUUUAUUCAGCAGAGUUUGCAAAAAAUUACUAAUGGUAAUGAACGGAACACUCUAUCAAAUUUGGCUGUGCUAUGUUAUAUUGAACAAGUUAUGGAGGCUUUAAACUCUGGAACAUUUUUUAGAAACUUGUGUGAUUCUUUCAAAUCAUUUCUAUAUAACAACUUAGAUUAUGAUGCUUUGGUAGCCAUAGAUUUACUUGUUAGAAAUGGCUUAUUAGAAUAUUUAUUUGAUGUUGCCAAGGCAAGAGGGCUAAUACAAGCAGCUCUAGAAAAAUUAGCUUGUUUUGGAAAUUUUCAAUUAGCGCAAUCAUUGCAAACCAUGUUGAUAGAUGGGGGUCAUGCAGAAAUUUUUUGCAAUGUUUUUAAUGGAGUCUUUAUUAAACAAAUGGAACCAGAUGAAGCUGUUAAAUGUCUACUUUCACAGCCAUCUGUUUCUAAAGAAUUCAUUUCUGUUAUCUCUGACCAAUUACUUAAUUUGUCAGAAACUUCAUUACUCUACUUAGCUAGAAUGUUUGAUCCAUCAAGACAAUUUAUGCGACCUCUUAUAGAGCAGAGUGAGUUGAAGUUAAGAAAGAGAACAGGUUCUGAUUCCAGUUACUCUAAGUCAUCAGAAACGAAUAAAGAGCUUUCUGUAUCUGAUAUAAUUGUUGUUUUCUUGAAAUCCAUUAUUGCAUUGAAUGCUUGUCGAAAAAUAAACAAUUUACCGGAUAUAACUUUGGUUUCACUUCAUAUGUCUGGUCAGUUGAGUUUAACAAAUUCAUUAAUUAAGUCAGAUAGUAUCAGUAGCAAUGAUCUUCUCUUUACCAGUACACCUAGAGCAAGAAUUGCUUGUGGAAGGAACCAUAUUGCAUUUGUCACAAAUAAUAAAGAAUUAUACACUUGGGGAAAGGAAUGUGGUGGACGAAAAGAUAAUGUACAGAAUACUUGUCUGCCUAUGAGAAUGGAAAAUUUACACAACCAAGGCAUUCAGGUAGUUUCAGUUGCCUGUGGUGAGUUUCAUACAAUAGCACUAUGCGAAGAAGGGGUUUAUUCAUGGGGAUCAAAUGAAUAUGGUCAACUUGGAGUUGGUGAUACUAGAACAAGAUAUCGUCCUGUGCUUAUUACUCACAUAAGUAGUAAACAAAUUGUUUCAGUUGUAUGUGGUGCAUAUCAUACUCUUGCAAUAACAUCUGAUUACAAAGUUUAUAGUUGGGGAUGGGGAGUUCAUGGCCAACUUGGAUUGAAAUCUGUUGAAAAUCAGCUAACACCAAAACAGAUUGAUUUGUUAGAUUCUCAUAAAGUAAUACAGGCUGCUGCAGGUUAUGCUCAUUCUGCUGUUCUCACAAGUCAAAGAUAUGUAUACACUUUUGGAGCAGAUUUGUAUGGUCAAUUAGGUAUUGGAAGCCAUUACAAACAAGUCAUACCUCAGUUAGUUGACUCAUUAACUCUGGACUCAAUAUAUUUAAUAUCAUGUGGACCAUUUGAAACCAUUGCCAUCUCAGAGGAUCAAACUAUAUUUUGUUGGGGAAGAAACUACCAUCAGUUUUAUAUUUGUGCAAAGGCAGAGAGCUCAAAGUAUGGGCGAAAAAUGGCAAGCAAUACUAAAGAUUUGAAUCAUCGCUUUUAUCCUGAAACACUCCAGUUUCAACUUCAACAUCCAAUAACUCAAAUUUUCUGUGGCAAUUGGCACUAUAUUAUACUAACAUCAGUAAAUCAAGUAUAUACUUGGGGCUAUAAUGAUUGUGGACAACUUGGGCAUUACAACAAAAUAGAUCAGUCUGCACCAAGAUUAGUGAAAGCCCUAAUUCGAAGAGCUAUUAUUGGUGUAGCAGUGGGUGCUGAGUUUUCAGUGGCAUUUGAUGCAGAUGACAACAUUAUGGCAUGGGGUCGUAAUGAUGAAGGAAAAAUUGGAAUUGAAAAUGAAGGUAAUUUAGGUAACUCAAGUUCAGCACGGCAGUCAAUAUACUGUGUUCUUGCACCAACCUUGGUUCAUGGCUUACCUUCUAUAGAUGAUAGUUUUAACUCAAGCAAAAGUUCAAUGAAAGAUUAUGUUUUUGAUGAGCAUCUCAAUUUUCCAGAUUUUUCCUCUUUAGGAAUAGGGAAAAGACAUGUUCUUUACAAUGAGGAAGCUGUGCUACUUUCAUUGCAUAGAUUGUCUAAUUGGUAUUCAGUCUCUUCAGUUGAAAGGUUUGUGUUUCACACAAAACAAUGGUAUAUAUUGUCGUUUUGUUAUGAACUUCAACAGCAAUGGGAUAAAGUUUAUGUCUUUCGAGAAAAAGCCUUGCGAUUAUUUUACACAAAUGAGAAUGGUGAAUUUAAUUAUACAUCAUAUACAGAUCAAUUAAAGUUAAUUGUUCUUGAUUUACUUAAAAAAUUUGAGGAAUAUAUAGCAGAAGACUUUGAAGAGGAUUUAUCUUUAGUUGCAAUGGUAUUGUGCUUAAGAAAGAUUUUUGAUUGUUGGCAAGAAUUGAAUUUGAACAUAAUUAUUUUAGAAGAUCUU